GACAAACGAAGCUAGUUAGUCAGUCAAAACGGUUUACAAAUCAGUUUAGGCGCUAUUUUCAUUUGGAUAGUUCGAGCUCGUCCGCGAGCUCUUCGAAAUUUUCCACCAUUAUUCGACUUUAAAUUCUUAAAUAGUUACCCCUAUAUAUUACUCGUAUAUACAAUGAACUGAAAAGACAGUUGUGGCAAGUACAUACGCGCAUAAAUAUCACAUCGGAGUUAUUUAUUGAACUUAUGUUUUUAAAAAUAUCCUUACGGUGAAAGUAACUAAACUUUAAAACAUCAUAAGGCUUGAAUAUUCAAUUUCAAAAUGGUGCAAAUUAACUCUGGCAGUGGCGAUCACAUUCACACAGUAACUUUGGAUAAAACCGGAAAGAAGUCAUUUGGAAUAUGUAUAGUUAGAGGAGAGGUUAAAGACUCACCAAACUCAAAAACGUCCGGAAUUUUUAUAAAAGGUAUAGUCCCAGACAGCCCUGCCCACUUGUGUGGGAAACUAAAGGUGGGAGAUCGGAUAUUGUCGUUAAACAAUAAGGAUGUGCGAAACGCUACAGAGCAAGCGGUAAUCGAGCUAAUUAAAGAUGCUGGCAUCAAAAUAAAUCUUGAAAUUCAAACUUAUGGGAAGGAUGAGAAGAAAACGUCGGAACGUGAUCAACGCAACGAAAAUGGUUAUGUGCAAGCCAAAGCAAAAUUUGCUCCAGAACCGCCAAUGUCGGCGAAUAAAAGUUCGGCUCCGAAAGAAACCCCGCGAAAUCCCGCGUUUUCCGCUUCCAUUCGCCAGAAACCAGCUUCGAAUUUUACAGCCAAUGAUGAGGAUGACGAGGACACACGAGAUAUGACUGGCCGAAUUCGAACAGAAUCUGGAUAUGAGAUUGAUCGAGCGUCCGCCGGUAAUUGUAAACUCAAUAAACAAGAGAAAGAACGAGACAAAGAACAACCCGAUGAGUUCGGAUACACAAUGGCGAAAAUCAAGAAACGUUAUAAUUUAAUGAAAGAUUUGCGGAAAAUAGAAGUGACGCGCGCGCCGAAUACCUCACUAGGAUUGGCCUUAGCCGGCCACAAGGAUAGAAGAAAAAUGGCUUGCUUUGUAGCUGGAAUAAAUUCUAAUGGCCUAUUAGCUUCGUUGGAUAUAAAACCGGGCGAUGAGAUACUCGAGGUGAACGGAAAUGUUUUACAGAACCGUUGCCAUUUGAAUGCCUCAGUGAUAUUCAAAAACAUCGACACCGAGAAAAUUAUCCUUAUAACAUCACGCAGAAAAGACAAUGAUGAAGGCAUAUCGGUAAAGCCCAUAAAGAAGUUCCCCAAGGAAGUCGAUGAUACCAAGUUUUUAUUUGAUUUAUAUCCCAAUGCCCGUUCAGUACAAGUUAAAAAGGAAGGAUUUUUAGGCAUUAUGGUUAUAUAUGGAAAACAUGUCGAAGUGGGCAACGGUAUAUUCAUAUCCGAUUUGCGUGAAGAAUCCAAUGCAGUAGCGGCUGGAGUAAAAGUCGGUGAUAUGUUAUUAGCUGUAAACAAAGAUGUCACUUUGGAAUCAAAUUACGAUGAGGCCGUUGCACUAAUAAGGCGUGCUGAGGGUAUAGUAACACUUGUUUUGUUGACUCUAAAAUCGGAGGAAGCUCUCAAGGCCGAAAAAGAGGCUGCAGAAAAGAAAAAAGAAGAAGCAAAAAUAGAAGCUGAAAAGCCACAGGAUCCUUCCGUUGCGGAAAUCAAAGUCAACAAGAAAAUUCUAAUUGAACUGAAAGUUGAAAAGAAACCUCUUGGAGUCAUAGUUGUUGGAGGCAAAAACAACCAUGUCAAGACCGGAUGCAUUAUAACCCACAUCUAUCCUGAUGGAGCGAUAGCAGCAGAUAAACGCUUAAAUAUUUUCGACCACAUAGUGGAAGUUAACAGCAAGCCAGUGAAUUGCAGUGAAAUGACGACGCUAAAAGUGCACCAAAUAUUCCACACAACGUACGAGAAAGUUGUAACAUUCCAAGUAUUUCGAGCUGACCCGUUGGAAGUAGAAAAGUUCAAUGUUGAAUUUAUAAAGAAACCAGGAAAAGACUUGGGGCUUUCAUUAGCACCAAAUGAUCGCGGCUGCACAAUUUCCGAAAUUAUACCUUCUGGCUACGCUGAGAUUGAUAAUAAGUUACAACGUGGUGAUAUCAUAACCAAAUUCAAUGGUGAUUCUUUGGAGGGGUGCACUUUUGAAAUAUGUUACGCCUUGUUCAAAGGAGCCAAUGGAAAAAUUUCAUUGGAAAUUACAAGACCUAAGCCUACAUGUCGCACUGAAGCGUCAAAAUAAUUCAAAUAAAAAAUAUUUGUAUAUUACAUUUAUAUGUAAUUGAAAUAAACAAUGCGAUAUAUUUUA